CCUGGUCGACCUGCGAAUGCUGUGACCCAGGACCUGACCAAGAAGUGGGAGAGCUCCAGGAUUCCUCCCUGGAAAAGGCUGUUCAGGAUGCUGUCUGCUGGAGAUGCGGAUGGAUCGGCUUCCAAAGCCAUGGGGACACGACCCUGCAGACUGUGAUCACCACUCCACUCAGCUUGUCCUCCCUGAAACUGGCUUGUGUGUGGUUGUGACAUCCUCGAGGACACAGAAGUAACCUUUGGUCUUCCUGUGGGCUGUUGGGUGCCUGCUGGGGUGUGUCACAAGAAUGGCUGCGGCAGAACCCCUGACCGCUUUCUCCCGAUGGUACCUCUAUGCCAUUCACGGCUAUUUCUGUGAGGUGAUGUUCACAGCUGCCUGGGAGUUUGUGGUCAACUUUAACUGGAAGUUCCCAGGUGUCACCAGUGUCUGGGCGCUCUUCAUAUAUGGCACCUCCAUCCUCAUUGUGGAGAAGAUGUAUCUAUAUCUCAAAGACAAGUGUAACAUUUUAGUGCGCUGUCUCAUUUACACACUUUGGACAUAUCUCUGGGAGUUCACCACCGGCCUCAUCCUGCGCCAGUUCAAUGCUUGCCCAUGGGACUAUUCCCAGUUUGAUUUUGACUUCAUGGGCCUGAUCACCCUGGAGUAUGCCAUCCCAUGGUUUUGUGCUUCUUUCAUCAUGGAGCAACUGGUGAUCAGAAACACCCUGCGCUUACGGUUUGAUGAGACUGCCGAGCCGGGGGCCCCCACUGUCCCUGUUGCCUUGGCCAAUGGCCAUGUGAAGACUGAUUGAGCAGUGACUCGGAGCCACGCUUAGCAAUCUGAGAAUGCCCAGACCUCUGCCAGAGACUCUCGGCUCUGGCUCUGAGGUACUGCUCCUUGCUGUAUGAUAAGAUUCAUAAACCCCAUUUUUCUAAUGGGGGUGUGCAUGGGAUAUACCAGACAAAAAUGGAACCAAUGAAUUUUCUAUGGAUUUUACUCUUUGGGCUCCAAGGACCAGUAUCAGUUACUUGUUAGUUAGGUAAUUUCUGAUUUUAACUUAUUACAGAUGAAAGCAGUCCUUUUGCUUACACUUCUAUGUGGAGAAAGAAGAAAAAGAAAUGCUACAGUGGAAAUACAUCCAAAAAGAAAAAAAACCUAAUAAGUGGAUGGGCAUGGACACGCCAGCUAAGUUAGUGAUUGGCUUACUCCAUUAGGCAAUAUUCAGGUGCUUGCUUGCAACCAAUACCUCCCGUGGGACCUGAGAUGCUGCAGGAACAAGGAAGAUCCAUCUGCUCUUGAGAAGAACCUAAGACUGGCAGUCUGCUGGGGAGGUAGAUGGUGUUCCCCUCACGAGGGGAGCCUCUCCCCAGGUUCUUUCUUGCACCAUGAAAAAAUCUGGUGCUGGACAUCUUGCUGAAUUUAUACAGAUCUUGUACUUUUUGAAAUCUCAGUCCUGGUUUCUCACUAGAAUUUUUUUCUUUCUUUUUUUUUUCUUCUUCUUUUUUUUCUUUUUUUUUUUUUAAUAAAGGCCUUUUUUGCCAAGUGAAUUUUACCGUAAUCUGUGCAAUCUGAAUCUUGGCAAAAGGCACAAGAAAUAGCAUAAGUCUUCCCAUCUCCUCUGUCCCCCCAAAGCAGACCUUGCCUGAGAGUCUGCUGCAGAUUCCAGCUCCCAUCUCAGCCGUGCAAACCUUGCAGAGACUGUAGAGGCCACAGAGGUUUUCUGCCUUCCUUCCCAGGGAUUCUCCUGUUUCUGGUGAUGUCGAAGACUUAGUCUGGCUGCAAACCAUUGUAUUUGAAGGUCAAAACCUUCAUGUGGCUAACAUGGUAUCUGGGAUUUGGGCCUCUGGCACUGGCUUUUGCCUUCCUUCAGCACUGACAGGUCUUGUCUCAAUUCUGGCCAGUAUUCUCAGUGUAUCAAAAUAAUUUACUUUUUCUUCCCGAAUUCUGCUUUAAAUAACCACAAUUGUACAGUCAUGAAAAUUAUCGGAGGCAGCAAGAGCUAUACCAUGCUGCUCGAUAUGUUAUUAAAAAAACCACCACCCAAAAGUAAAAAAUCCUUCUUGGAAGAGCAGUUCUUCAUGCUCUGCCUGAGCGAGGUGUCAAGUUAGGGUGUGAGAGCAGCAGCAGAGAGGUGGAGCGGGAGGGAGUGCUGUGGCUCCAUUGUACCUGCACCAAGGACAGUUUGAAAUUUAACCUGUUGGGGACGUUUGAGGAGUACAGGGGAAGCUGCGGUGCAGAGAAGGUGCUUCACAGUGGCAGCCACAGGUUCAUCAUUUGCUCUGGCAAGCCCUGGCUUUUGAAGUUAGCAACAAACACAGAGCUUCCAGCUGUCCCAUGUACCUCACCCCUAGCAGGUUUAUGGGGAAGGUUUGCUGUAGUUGCCCUGUAGGGCCAGAUUAAUUUUAAGUGUUCUUCCAUCAUAGUCAAGAGAGCUGCACCAGGGAUCAAUUUGGCUUGAAAUGCAAAUGUGUUGUAGGAUUCCACUCCUGCAUUGGAAAUGGCUGGGCUGUUUCUGUGUGGGUCCCCUACUCUGGUAGGGAUGGCCCUGCUGGGAAUCUGGUCCUUGCCCUGGGAUACUCAUUCCUGAGGGCAAGAGCACUCCUGCCUCUGUGAGGAGAAUUGUUUGUUAGUUCUGCUCUUAGGAAGGCAGCGUUAAUCCUUUAUUGUAUCACACAGCACCAUUAUUUUACCUCCUACCCCCAUCCUUCUCACAUGGCAUCCAUUGCUGGCAAUGGACACACAAAAACACUGGCGGCAAGGAGUUAAUCAAAUCUGCCCUGGGGUAUGCAAUGUCUCCUAAAGCACCCAGAAUACUUAGGUGGGUAUUUUGAGUUCUCUUUUUAUAGUUCAUUAAAUUAAAAGAGAACAAACAAUAGCUUUUUUUUUUUCCAUGCUCUGUUGCCAGUAUUACAAGAUCAGAGGAACAGUGUGGAGUUCUGAUGGUCUUGGGUGUGUAGACUCUUCAGAAUAGUCACCUGGCACUGUACAUGGGGAAAGUAAGAGAUGAGAUUUGUAUGUGGGACAAUGUAGAUCAGCUCUACUGGACCAGACCAAGAAUUGCAAGGUGCAGGUGAGAGUUAGGAUCUCUCCAUUUUGGCCCUGGGUCUGUCAGGGUCUCUAAGCAGUGUCUAAAUAAAGCUGGGUUGUCCUCUCACAGCAUAGCUGAAGUGUGGUGUCAUGCUGGCUCCUACACCACCCCUGCAUCAUCCGAAACCCUCAGCUUUGUAGAAACAUCCUCGAGGUCGCUGCUUUCUCCUUAGCUGUUACAAAACUCUUUUUAAAUGAUUAAAAGGAGUUGGCAACGCGGUUUGGUGGCUCCCAGCUGCAGCUGGGGCUGGGGAAGGAGAAGUGGCUGUCCACAGAGCUAACCUGGUGCAUGAUAACAGUCAUGUGUCUUUAGAAGGUACUUCCUAAAUGGCACUGGUUUUUCUCAGUGAUGUAGUAUUUACAUGCUCAAACUACAGAGAGGCUUCCCAGCAGCAUCUAGUAUCUUAUUCCAUUAUCCUUAUUGCCUGUGCCAUUGUAACAGUGAUUGUAGUCUGCUUUCCACUGAUGUCUGAUGUGUACCACCCAGCUAUUGCAUCCUCAUAGAGUGGUAAUUUCCACCCAGAAGUGCACUUUACUUGCAGCUUGCACACCAGAAACGGAAAGGGACCCUGCAAAUUCAUAAAUAAAAUAUUAUACACAAUACCAUGUACCUAAUGGAGCAGCAUUAGCCAGACUUCUCCUUUCUGAGCAACAUGGCUGCAGUUAGAGCUUUGUCUUUUCUGCAAAAUCUCCCUUUUUAAUACAUGUGAUGCUUCUUACAACAUCCUACAGAAGUGCCCGGAGCACGUUACCAGGGUUUCAGUGGCAGCUCAGCGAAAGCCUGGGGGCUGGACUGAAGUUGUAGAGACAUUUACAUUGAGAAAAAAACGCACAAAGCCGGACAUUUGUUUGUUUGUGUAUCUUCCUCAGUAGAUUAAAGUUGCCUGUUUUGAGUUCACCAGCAAUAAAAACCCCUCGUGAUUUAUCCACCUUGUCCUCACUGCAGCGAGUGGCCCAUUGCUGCUUUUUUUUCUGGGGGGUGGUGGCAUAUGGUCUCCAAUAACCCCAAGAUUCCAGUUUGCUUCCCUUCUCUUGCCUAUCUCUUGUAUGGUCCACCCUAAAGGAUCUCAAAGUAUAUGAUGAAAUACAGAGUCUGGUGUCCUGCGCACAAGAAGCAGUUCAAGCAUUACUGUGAUGUCUGUUCAUACUCCAAAGAUCUUGCCAGAGGGAAAUGGUUGAUAUACAGCGGGACCAGACUGCGUUUUGGUCUUUGGUGUUAUGAUUGAGAGAAAUGCGUACAUAUGUACCAGGCACUAUUGCGCCUUUGGUCUGAGUGUAUUUUGUAAUUAAAGCAGAAUAAUCCAAUCAAAGCUUUGCUCGACUAGUCCUGUGGCUGUAAAAGGUAAAAAAAAUACUGCAGGGCUUUAACUGCUGUGAGAAUUAGGAAGUGGGUGACUGGAGUCCUCCUGAGUUCAAUAGCAUUGCUUUGCUGCUGACUGGUUUUCUGAAACCUGCACGGGAGGAAAAGUGAAUUCUUCGUUCACGGGAACUUCUGCCCUUCCUGUACUAUGAAUAAAACAUGAGCCACCACUAA